ACCACGCUCCUCUCCCUCUCCUCCACCAAAGGCACACUCGGAGCCAGUGGGCGAUGCGCAGGGAGGCUGUCCGCACACCGGCACGUUGGGGUACUCUGAGACAUCCGAGAGCUCAUCCGCGUCGGGAAGCACCGAGACCCCGGGGAUCACCACCCCCGGAACACGACACCGACAAGGACAUCGCUGACCCUGUGCCCUCGCUGCCGACGGUCAACGUUGCGUUCACCUCUCCCUUCGGGGUGUCCUCCGAAUACCUUGGCCACCACCGCCGCGGAGGGAUCCUAUUACAACAAACAAGGGGUUUUGCGUGUGCUGUGUAUCGACUGAUGUUCCGACGCUGCCUCGCGACAACCAAUAUGCGCUGCAGGACGAUCCCGCCCCCAUGUGCCGCCUCCUUCCUCGUCCUUCCUUCCCGCACCCCAGGCCCAAGCACCUCCCAUGCAAGCUCCCUUGACGUCUGCCGCAGCUGCGUGCCACACCGCCUCGAUGAACCACCCGCCAAACGCCGCGCUGCCGCCGCGGAGCGCGGGUAACGCAUAAGGGCCGAUGCGAGAGAUACAGAAUGUGCAGAGGCUGCUGGACGAGCGCGUGGUCAUCAAGACGCAGGGCGCGUAGCGGGUCAGGAUCGUGGAGCGCGGGACGCUGGAUCAGUACGUUGUUGCAAGGUGGAGAAGGCAGAUAAUUGGGAGAUGGAGGGGGACGAGGAGCUUGUGGGCACAAGUGUGGAGGAGAGUCGGGGAGUUGGAAUUGAGAGUCAGGGAGGU